UUCUGGUCGUCUUCUUCUCCUCCUCCUCGGCGAUUCUAUUCGGUGAUGAUGGCGUUGGCUGGAAUCACGACUUCGAAUCCAACGUUUCUUCAGCUAAGGGUCUCUACCACAAGCUUACGUCAUGUGAUUCCACGCAAUUCGAUUUCAUUUCCUCGUUCGUUGUACGUGAAUCUCAAUCGAAGAAGCCGUCUCUAUGUUCGGUCCUCCUCCUCCUCUGCUCAAGUGGCAUCUGCAGUGGGGGCUGAAGCCGGCGAUAUCCUUGACGGAGAGUACGCUUAAGCAUCUGAAUAAGAUGAGAGCAGAACGUGGGGAAGAUUUGUGCUUGAGGAUUGGUGUGAAGCAGGGAGGUUGUUCGGGGAUGUCUUACAAGAUGGACUUUGAGAACAGAGCUAACGCAAGACCGGAUGAUUCCACCAUUGAAUAUGAAGGCUUCGCUAUUGUCAAGUUUACAUGGCGAAUGCACAGCAACCAAAGCUGUUUGUGGGAAUGAUUUUGAUUCUCAUCUUUGCUGAAGCUACUUGUAAUCCUUUGCUACAAUGGUUUUUAAUUGUAUUGCAUUGUCGUUGCUUUCAUUUUCGUUA